AUCGCGCUGCUGGAGCCGUUAGACGGCAUGGACACUGGCGCUGGCGAAUGUGUGGGGAAAGUGGGUCAGUACCGCGUGGAUCACCUCCUCAGCGCCGUGCAGAGCGAACUGCAGGCCGGCAGCGAGAAGGGCGACCCCACGGAGAGAGGACUGAAGGUGUGCUUGGACGACAGCGACCUUUGGCAUAAAUUUAAGGAGCUCACAAAUGAAAUGAUAGUUACUAAGAACGGCAGGCGCAUGUUUCCUGUUCUGAGAGCGAACGUGUCCGGACUGGACCCAAACGCCAUGUAUUCGUUUUUACUGGAUUUCAUGUCCGCGGACAACCACAGGUGGAAAUAUGUGAACGGGGAGUGGGUCCCCGGAGGCAAACCCGAGCCUCAGACUCCCAGCUGCGUGUACAUCCAUCCAGACUCUCCAAACUUCGGCGCGCACUGGAUGAAAGCUCCUGUCUCCUUCAGCAAAGUCAAACUCACCAAUAAACUCAACGGAGGAGGUCAAAUAAUGUUAAAUUCUUUGCACAAGUACGAACCACGCAUCCAUAUCGUCCGGGUUGGCGGCCCACGGAGAAUGAUCACGAGCCAUUCUUUCCCAGAAACACAGUUUAUUGCAGUAACGGCGUAUCAAAACGAAGAGAUAACUGCUCUAAAAAUAAAGUACAACCCUUUUGCCAAGGCCUUUUUAGAUGCAAAGGAGAGAAGCGAUAAUAAAGACAUGAGAGAAGAUGCAAAUGAAAAUCAGCAAUCACUCUACUCACAGUUAGGUGGUUGGUUUAUUCCGGGCACAGGGUCAAUCUGCACUCCUCCUAGUCCUCACAGCCAGUUUGGGAGCCCCAUCAACCUCUCGCCAUCCCAUGGCUGCGAGCGUUACUCCACCCUGAGGAGCCAUCGUUCUGCUCCUUAUACAAACCCGUACGCCCAUCGGACCAAUUCGCCCACUGGGUUUUCUGAUACAUCUUGUCUGUCUGUGCUGUCGAGCCACGAUAACUGGUCCAGCUUACAGAUGCCGACCCACUCCGGCAUGAUGCCCACGGCCCACAGUUCCACCUCUGCUGCCAACUCCAGCCAGUACACAAGCCUGUGGUCUGUGAGUAACUCACCUCUGACCUCAGUGUCCCCCACCGGAGGGAUAAACAGCAACUUCAGCUCCCAGUUCCUUCGUGGGUCCAGCAGUCACUACUCGGGCCUCACUCACUCAGUCACAGCGCCCUCCCCUGGCUCUCCCAUGUAUGACUGCACAGUCAGUGAAGUGCACGACCCAGCUCAGUACGACUCCUCUCCACAUGAGCGUCUCGCCUCAGCCUGGAACCCCAUCACCCCUCCGGCCCUGUGAGGGAACCGUAUCUGCAAGGAGUGCUUUGUCUUCUUCUCUACACAACCUUUCCUCUGCUGUGACCUCAGACAUCAUAUCCAAUUACACUGCUGAAAUAUUGUCAGUUUUUGUAAAUGUGGCUAAAUUAAGAGUUUUUGACAUUCUAAAAUUGUAUUUUUUUUCAUCUGGAAGCAAUAAGAGGUGUGCUUUUUUAAAAUCGCUCCAGUUUUUAUGUGUUUGACUAUAACAAUAUGAAUUUUUCCAUUUUCUUCAUACUUUGUUUUAUGUGUCCUUUCAUGUAUAUAUGUUUUUUUCUCAACAUGUCAAUAUGCCCAUAUGUAGACCUGGGUUCGAAUCCUGUUCAGGGUAACUGUUUUUGUCCUUGGACAAGACACUUUGUCCAUAUUUUCUCAGGACAUCCAGCUGGAAAUGAGUACUGGCCUUUGUUAGGAUAGUAACCUGUGCCAGACUGGCAUCUCAUCCAGUGGGAGUCGGAGACUCUCAUCUGCUUUACACCACAGAAUCCGGAGAUAAGCACUGGUACCAACGGACCUCAGGGCCUACAUACAACUUACCUCAUCUUCAUCAUAUCAAAUUACAGUUAUUAUUAUUAUUAUUAUUAUUAUUAUUAUUAUUAUUAUUCAGUCAUUACAACCUUCCUUUAAAUUUACUUGCAUUUGCUUACAUUAAGCAAUCUAUAAAAAAAAUCCAUAAAAGUCACAGAUGGAAACAGAAAGUGGCGCUGGUCGAGGAUGUAAAAUUGUUUUGUGUGUUGUGUAAAUGAGAAAACUUGGCUCUUGUUUACCGUGUAAAUAGAUAAAUGAAUUUUUUUGAAUGCUGCAUUGACACAAUUUUCCAUUUCUUAAAACACAGUGAGACAAAGGUUUUCAAUCAAUAUUCUGCUGUGC